CGCCGUAAAAACUCAUGGGAAGAAGAAGAGACUGUUUGUUUCUGGGAAGCUUGACUCAAGAUGUCGGCCGCGUGGAAGGUCGCCCGGCGCACGCUCGGCACGUUCACGCUCCGGAAAGCUUUCUGCACCGACGCCAACAAGCCAAAGUCGGGCUUCGCGGCCGCCUUCGGUUCUCAGUCGGAGCUCGGUCGUCGUCGCCGCCGCCCGGAAGACGACGACGCCUCCUUCGCGGAUCUCCUCCGCCGCAGCCCGCUCGUCCAGAUGGGACCCGGCAAAGACAAGACGGUCGUGGGGAAGAUCUUCCACAUCGUCGGCGACGACCUCUACGUCGACUUCGGCGCCAAGUUCCACGCCGUGUGUCGGCGGCCGCAAGGGGACGAGCUGAAGCGCGGCGACAGAGUCCGCCUGAGACUGCACGACUUGGAGUUGACCGGACGCUUUCUGGGGGCCGAGUCUGACGUCACGCUGCUGGAGGCCCACGCUACCCUACUCGGAAAAGACGGACCCACUACGACUCGCUCCUGACUUGGACUUUUUUUUAACAAAUAAAAGCUUUGUUAGCUCUUUGGAGCUCAACGACUGCAGCAGUGACCGAAUCGUCCGCAAGAUGGCGUCGUGCGAGCUGGCCUGAAUUAACAUUGAACAAAUACACAUAAAU